CCACUUUCCUUUCCCCUUCAUCCAUCCUCCCUCACCAUAUUCUUCUUCACUUCUCCCUCCAUCAUCACCAUCGUCAUCAUCAUCAAGUAAAGGAAGUAUUUGCUCUUUGCUGUCCUCGCCGCCAGUCCUGCCAUUCCUGUGUUCUCAUAGGACUCUCCGAUUUCACUUGUUGACUUCGGAUUGGGCACGUACUCGUGACCAGGCCGCAAGAGCUUUACCACUUUACUCUCAUCUUCUUCUUAUGAUUCUUUAUCCUACAUCUUACGCGAGUCAGGGCUGCUCAUUUCUGUUUCAAAGCCCGGGUGGGAGGGCUACUCGAUUCAUCGGGGGUUUUCGAACCCAGCGAAUCUUGCAACACAAUGACCACCACAUCGCCAACCCCGUCCUUGGUCUUGAAGAAGGCAGUUCUUGUUUCGACACACGAUCGAGAAGCUCUUUGUUCUGCUCGUCUUCGUAUUGCCCAUGAUAAAAUUGCUAACCAAGGAUCCAUCUCUCUUAUGGUGAGGGUGGAUCUUGCUAACCUAAGCGGCAGAUCACAGCUACUGACAUUUAAUGUCCCUCCCGCGUCCGUCGAAGAAUGUACAUUAGCCCGGACAAGCAAUGACCGCCUCUGUUCUUCUCAUUGGAUUGGCAUGCUCCCGGCGUCUGUCCCAAGUGUUUCGGACGUGUCAACCUUGAGUCUGACACUCAGUACGACCGGCAUCGUUCUUUGUCCAUCUGGUAUGGAGGCUCUAAGCCCGACCGAUCCGGAAGACUCCACUUUUCGUGCAUUUGCAAAGAUCUGUAAAUCCAAAUCCCUACAUCUACACUUCUCGAGACGACAAUUUGUGAAAGACGAACUGGAUCAGCUGGAGACUUUCUCCUUUGCCCUGCAAAGAAGACGUCUUCAGGCAGAGUCUUUUAACCAUGCUCGUCAGGGCGUGGUCGAGAAAGAUUGGCGUGUCUUUGGCCUGUCGCUCGAUCCACCCCCAUAUUCUGAGGAGUCUGAUCCGGCGAAGCAAGUGGAUUUGCCCCUAUAUCGUGAGGAACCCGAGCAGGUGGUUGGAAAACGGUGCAGAGACCAGUGGUCAAUGCCCUCCGAUGAUGAAACACGGAAAAAACCGCGCCUUCCCUCCCCAUCCCUGCUAGGCUCCCCCACCGAAGUCAAUACGCCGAGUACUCUUUCCCUAUCACCGGCCUCCAUCCGCCCAACUUACUUUACGCAUGCUUCUGGCCGCACCGACCGUAGCCGACUGGCGCGUCUUGAACAUGAGCUCCGUGGUGUUCCGGAUGACUUGAUCUGCAAACUGUUAAUCCGAAUAGGACGCCAACAUCUGCUGGCCAUACCCGGAGAUGUAGAUCGUGACCUGCCAUCGGAGUCGGAGAAAGUCAGUUUUGCCCAGAUCGAGCUGAUGGAACGCCGUCUCGAACGAUACGUCGAUACGAUGAUUGAGCGCCGCCUCCAAUCACGUGUCGACGAGAUGGUCGACAGCGCUGUGAGCAGGUGUCGUGAUCAGAUUUACGACGAAUACAAAACGAACGAAGCCGAAUUCCGCGAGCAGGUCGACGAUGGUAACUCCGAGGUCCGCACAACGGCCAAUGAAUGUAUGAAGGAAAUGAAAGAACAAGCCCAAAAGCACAUGCAUGAAAUCGAAGAACAAGCGCAACAGUGCAUGGAUGAUAUCGAGCAGCAGGGAAUCGAGGCGGAGAUGGCUGCGGAGGAACAGGUUGCCAAGUUCAAGUGCUGGUUCCAUGCGUCUGCCCGGUCUUUGCUUGAUGGCCAGCCAAGCCCUAGCCAUGAGCUGGCGACUAAUGCCAGACGAAGUUCCAUCUGAUUUGGAUACCAGUAUCUCUACGUCUAUGUAUAUUAGUCAGAUAGCUCUCUAGUAAAGAUAUGUAUAUAGAUUCUAUAAUACCUUCG